UAAGGGGGCGUGUCAUCAAGGGAAGUCUAACCAAUCUCUGUGGAUUGUUUCGAUUUCAGUGUCGUUCAUGUGAAAUUACAGACGAUGAAGUGGCGAAAUCUGCUGAUGGCGAUCAUCGUACUUCUGGCAACUAGCUCCUCUGAAGCCCGCAAUGUCUUGAUGAUUGUCGCUGACGAUGCUGGGAGAGAAAUGCAGGUGUACGGCAACAGUGAAUGCAAGAUGCCCCACUUGGAUACCCUAGCAAGAAGGAGUCUGACCUUCACGUCCGCCUUCACUGCCGUCAGCAGCUGCUCUCCUUCUCGAUCGGCCAUCCUCACAGGACUCCCCACUCACCAGAAUGGCAUGUUCGGUCUGUACCAAGGAUACCAUCACUUCAGCUCCUUCGACAAGGUCCGCAGCCUCCCCGGGAUCCUAUCCUCGAGGGGCAUCCGGACGGGGAUCGUAGGAAAGAAACACGUCGGGCCCGAGUCCGUGUAUCCCUUCGACUUCUCCCACACCGAGGACACCGAGUCGAUCCUGCAAGUCGGGAGGAACAUCACUCGAAUUCGAGACUUAGUCCGCCAGUUCCUCCGGAGCAAUGACACUCGGCCCUUCUUCCUCUACGUCGGUUUUCACGACCCCCACCGAUGUGGACACACCCACCCGGAAUUCGGCGCCUUCUGCGAGAAAUUCGGGAACAGGGAGCCAGGCAUGGGAGACAUUCCAGACUGGGCGCCCACAGUUUACGACCCCUCGACUCUAACGCUGCCAUAUUUUGUUCAAAACACAACUGCUCGCGAGGACCUGGCUGCUCAGUACACCACGCUGUCGCGACUAGACCAGGGGAUAGGCUUGGUACUGAGGGAGCUAGAGGCAUCGGGGCAUGGGCAGGAUACCCUGAUCAUCUACACCUCCGACAACGGCAUCCCCUUCCCUUCGGGACGAACUAAUUUCUACGAGCCAGGCGUGGUGGAGCCCUUGCUCGUUUCGUCCCCUGAACACCCGUCAUCAUGGGGAAGGAGUACCCCUGUUCUUGCGUCGCUGCUAGAUCUCACGCCGACUGUGUUGGAUUGGCUGAGUGCCCCGUAUCCUCAUUACUAUAUCCUGAAGAAGAACGAACCUGUAGUGUUGACUGGCAAGUCUUUGCUACGGUACCUCAAUGCUUCGUCCAGUGCCCUCUUGGAGGAGGGGAAUUCUGUCAAGAAAAACCAGGUGCAUUCACCAAAAGACGACAACGAAGCCGUCUUCUUCAGCCACGAUCUACACGAGAUAACGAUGUAUUACCCGAUGAGGUCCGUCCGCACGCCGAAAUACAAACUGAUCCAUAACAUCGGGUAUAAAAUGCCCUUCCCCAUAGACCAGGACUUCUACAUAUCUCCCGUCUUCCAGGACAUCUUGAACCACACGAGGGACAUGGUGCCCCUCCCUUGGUACAAAACUCUGCAAGAAUACUACUACAGGGACCAGUGGGAGUUGUUCGACCUGAAGCUGGACCCUGAAGAACGUUUCAACGUGGCUGAAAAGGGCAGCUACAAGGAUAUCCUUAAGGACCUGCAGUCUCGUCUGUGGAAGUGGCAGAACCAGACCUAUGACCCUUGGAUCUGUGGCCUAGGGGCGGUGUUGCAGGAUGCAGGGGCGUAUGCUGACCAUUACGCGUGUUUGCCUCUGUAUAACAAAGUGUGAGGUUGUGAUCGAGGGAAAAUGAGACAUAUUGUGCCAAAUUUUGCAAAUGUUGACUCUUCUGAUUUACUGUGAUAUAUGUUUGGUGCCAAUACGUCAGUUUUCAAGGUAUUACAUCUUACUGAUAGUCAGUCAUGUAAUACAGAAAACUGGCUCAUUAUGGGUUUAUGAUGUUAGUCAUUUCUAAUUUCUGUGAUGAUUUUCGUUUUCAACUAAGGAUAGCAUUUAUUUUAUCACUUGCAAGGACUGAAAAAUAAUCACACGCAAAAUGCGUAGAGUUCACAUUACCUGUAAUUACUGACUUAUUUAGAAGGUCGUUAAAAUAUGAAAUGUUAUCAACUUUGAGCGUUUCUGCAUUUUGCAUAUAUCAACAGGUGUCAACUUGACUUGCUUACGACUGAGUCAUAACUUCAAAAUAUUUUUUGAGCAUCAUGGAACUUAGUAUUAUAUUCUUGUAAUAAUUGAUGUGGUCUCUACUUGAAUGUUAACUUACACGAAAGAUUUAAAAUCAGGAAUAUGCGUCCAGCAUCAUAAAAUGUAUUUUCCUGAAUAAGUAAACUUCAAACUUAGAUAAUAGCUCGCGUGAUUACAUUUAAAUCUUUCAUUAAUUUAGUAGACGAUUUAUGAAGAAAAAGUAAUCCUAGUCUCUAUUUUAGAUUUAGAUAUCCAGCCAUACACUUACAUUCUUUUUUGUAAUCAUUGUUGAAUAACUAACUCGCUGAUGAUAUUCUAACUUAGUGUCCAAAAUAAUAUUAAUGACAGUGAUAAGGGUCAGUGGUAAACGCAUAAUUUCUGAUGAUAUAUUUUUCACUCAGGUAGUCGUGUAUUAUAAGGGAAUAACAUAUCUGAUUAAAUCCAUGACAUUUGUUAUUUUUGUUCUUAUUAAACUGAUACUGUAGUUAUAUAAAUAAUAAAUUUCUGUCCAUCUGUA